UCAUGUAGGUAUCGCACUUCCAAUCUAUUAUUGGCCGGUAUCAUUCCCGGGCCAAAAGAACCUGAUCCGGAUGAAUGCCAGAAGUUCGUCCGCCUCCUUGUCAAUGAGCUCUUGCGUCUUUGGAAGAUAGGGAUAAAGAUCAAGACACGCCGUUACCCCGAUGGGCGUCUCACUCGAGUGGCGUUGGUGGGAAUUAUCUGUGAUAAACCCGCCGCCCAUAAGAUGGGCGGCUUUGGCUCACAUAGCCAUCGGUAUUUUUGUACGCUUUGCUGGAUUGAACACAAUGAAAGGAAUUCUGCUGCUGCCUUUAUGAAAAAUGCAUUCCCUCCACGUACUGAUCAGCAGCAUCGAGCAUACAUGGGAGAGUACACGAAGCUUGGCACAAAGACUGCGAAGGCCAACUUUGUCAAAGAGUUCGCGAGCCGGUUCUCAGAGUUCUCCCGACUACCAUAUUUUGACAUGUGUAGAAUGAUUGUGAUUGACCCAAUGCACAACCUGCUCCUCGGUACGGACAUAUUGCUGCCCUGUUAA